CCAAAAUGAUAAAAGAGGUGAAAGCUGGAGUCGACUUCCUGAGACGCUUGGCUGUGGCACGAGGGAAGCUGGAGGAAGCCAAAGCAGAGCUGUUUGCUGAGAAGCUACAGAAACUCUUAUGUGACAAAUAUGAUGACCACUGGUAUCCUGAGUCUCCUAGCAAAGGCCAAGCAUACAGGUGCAUUCGUAUAAAUAAGGGAGUCCCCUGUGACGAGGUGGUCCUCAAGGCUUGUGAGGAGAGCGAACUCACGCCCAGCAUGCUGGGGCUUCCUCCUGAGAUCACAGUGUGGAUCGACCCAAUGGAGGUCUGCGCGAGAUCCGGAGAGAACGGCAGACCUUUCACUGUAGCUUGCUUCGAUCACAAUGAGGAAAAUGAAGAAGAGGAGGCUUUGAACGGGGACGACUCUGUGAAUUUAGAUACGUCUGAUUACCACUCUGCGACUUCUGACUGUGGUUCCACUGCGUCAAGCGACACGGAGGAGGAGGCCAAAGAUGGGGAGUUAGACGGUGAGCGAGAGAAAGCUAAGACUAAGCAGGAGGUGGAGGGGAACACCUACACGAUAACAAUGGUUCCCAACAUACGGAAAUGGCACGAAGAUGGAGCAAGAGCCAGAAACAUCAGAAAGAAGAUCCCUGCUAACCUGCAGUACGUCUACCACCAACCACCCGUGUGGCCUCAAUACAAGAAGGCGGCUCCGGUGUUCCUGACUACAGUGUACGCUCCUCCAGCACACCCACCUCCUCCCCAGCAGGUGUUCGGUUAUUACGUCUUGCCACAAGCCUCACCUCAGUUCAUCCUGCCGCACGCUGCUCUGCCGUCCUGGGCAGCGGUGAAAGGUUAGAGCGUCACGACAGUGAAGUGUAAAGAGCAGACGGAAGAAGGCCUCACGUCCUUUCAACUGAGCCAUAUGAUGAUCUGUUUGUGUACUCGAGCCAAACAAAACUGUCUUGUGAUUGUUAACUUCAGGUUUACUUCUUGCACAAUCUUUGCUAAUUCCACUGCUGUACUCUAUGCAGCAAUACAGCACAAAGUCCAGCAAAAACUCUUUAAUGCACUGCAACUGCAUUCCCCUUUUCUCGUGUACUGUAUUUAAAGAAAUGAUUUGAGGGUAUUGGCCAGCGUAGGAACAGUUUAUGCCAAAUAAUGAACUUUCUCUGUUCUUUUGUGAUGAUGAUGAGGAUCUUUACCAGUUUGAUUAUCACUGUGUACAAAAUCACAUUCAAUCUCUGUAAAAUGUGAUUCAGGGUUUUUAACCAGGUGUAGCUGUAAAUAAAUGUUUUUAUAUAACUGCUUGUAAAUACUAACAAUUCAAUGACUUUACUGUUUUUUUUUCCUUUUGCAUAAUUUAUUUGACCACCAGUGGAUGGAGCCCAAGUCACAUCUUUUACAUGAAAUUGUUUGACUUUUGUAUUAACUGUUGCUGCACACAAAUCCUUUAAAUCUUUAAAAAAAUACAUUUUAAAAUGCUUUCUUGACAUGAAAUAAUAUUUAUUGUAACAUUCCUUGUGGGAAGAAGAACUUUAGUAAACUGCAUGCUUUUUGAGUUA